AUGGCGUCAACAACAGCAACAGCGAGCACCUCCACGCCUCCCCUCGCCGAAUCCCUCCUCACACGCCCCAUCAACACCCAGCCCCAAUCCCCCCUCUACGCCCUCCCCCAGGAGAUCCGCGACCAAAUCUUCGCCUACGCACUCACACCCUACACCCCCAAGGCACCUCCACCACCCCCAAAGCCCUCGGCGCUCUACCCCUCAACAAGCGCCCCGCGCCCGCGCAAGCCAAACCCAUGGAACCCCAUCCGCGCACCCUACCACAUCAACACCUCAUACUCCCGCCCCGGCCAGCGCGCCAAGGUCCACCACCCCACCGCGCUUCUGCUGGUCAGCCGCCUCACACACCUCGAGACGGCGCACAUGCCUGUCCCGCUCGCGACACAUACUUUCUACGCGCCGCCCUCGAGCGGACCGCCGGAUCUGUUGGCGUCGCCGGAGUACUUCGCUCGCAUGAGCCCGGCGCAACAAGCUACCGUCCGUCGUGUCCGCGUCUUCGCUGAUGUGGCGUGGUUGCUCAAGGGCGAGUUGGAGGGAAUGUGCACACACCCCACUAUGCGCGGCGUGACGGACUUCUCGCUCGUGGUCCGCUGGUGCGAUUGGCGCGGCUGGGCCUCGAAUGAGGCGCUCAGCCUUGCGAGUCGGCCUGUGCCGGCGGUGCAGGUUGAGGAGGAGGAGGAGCGUUUACAAGACCCGGCGGAGCAGGAGAUGGAGUUCGCUGCCCCCCCAACACCAAUGGGCGGUGUCGAGAUGGCGGAUCCUAUGGAGGCCCUCACACAGGAUGGGUGCGCGGAUGUGCAGGAGGCGCUUGAGGCUGCGAUUGCGCAGCUUUCGAAUUUGAAGUCCGUAUCACUCUCGCUUGAGGCCCCAUACGUCAAGUCCGACGAGCUGGAGGCGCAACUCUCGGCUGCGCGCGAGUGGAACUUCCACCUUGGCGGCAAGGCCGCGAGAGAGGAAGAGAAGACCGUCAGGGGUGUUGUUUCCGGCGAGGCCGAAUGGGAGGCACCGAUGUGCGCAUGGAGCGAUUUCUGCGCGCAUUGCGGUGGUGGAAUUGGAGAUGAUAAGGCAUGCGAGGAGCGCAAGAGGCGCAGGUGCCGUGGUCUCGGACCGAGAGUCCUUGGAGGUGUCGUGAGGUGGUGCUGA